AUGCGCUGUCAUGCCGAUGAGCUGAUCUACCGUCCUCGCGCCAGUUCAACCUGGAGCGGCGAUCCGGUGCUUGUUAGGAGACCUACUAGGGCACAUGUGUUGGGCACCUUCUUUGCUGAAGAACGACGAGGCGGCCGUUUGCUGUUUGCAUCGUUUCUGGAUGCACCGAUCCCCCAAGAUGAAAACGGACCUUCCACUGGUGCUGAGACCACUGAGGGGCCGCUGGAUCCGCAUGGCCAUCCCUUCAAGCAGAACAAGGUAUGCGGGCACGUCCUCGCAGCGGGAGAGCAACGAUGCUGUGAGAAGCGCACUGUAGAUGCGUGCCACGAGUGCUGUAUCAAGAAGAGCUUCGAUGGGAUUGAAGGGGAGCCGACCAGUGACACCUGCAGAAGGACAUGCAUCCGGAUGUGCUACAAAGGCAAAGAUGCCAACAAGCCUGGGAAACAUUUCCCCAGAUGCCCAGAUGAUCCAGACUCCAGCGUGAGUUUAUACCCGACCAACGACCAGGACUCGAAGUUAAAAGACUUUGUCCAAAUUGAACAGCCGAUGCUGAGUUGA